GCAGCUUUUAAUGGGAUGACUCUCAUCACAUUUAGGCUUUUAAAAGUAGAAGCCAAGCGUCAUUUGUUUAAACUACUCCAUCUGUAAGGUCCACCCAGGAAUGAAUCCCACGACCACUGCCAAAUCCAUAGGCGGUGAACAUCUUGGAGCUGAAGGGCGCUUCUCUCAGCUCCUUGGCAAAUGAUGAGUAACACUGAAGCCGAGAGGAUGUUGCUGGACCUACUCAGCCUCUAUCAUAAGUACAGCCUGGCCUCGGGUGCCCUGGACAAAUCUGGCUUGUCCAAGAUAAUGCAGGAGCACUUCCCCACCUUCCUGUCGGCCUGGGAGCAAAAGAGCCCAGAUUUCUUAGACAAGCUCAUUAAGAAGGAGGACGCGGAUGACAAGCAGGAGAUCGGCUUUUCUGAGUUUCUCUCUAGGGUUGCUGCAAUUGUUGCAGAUUUGCACGAUUCGUCUCAAGGCGGGAAGCUGUCUUCUGAGGGUCAGUGAUGACUCAGCCCCUCCGGGCCCAAAGGUCUCCACCGAGGCCCAGCCUAACACACCCUGGGAGCCAAUAAACUGCAGCCUCUCUUGCUCUGGUCGGUGGUGAUAUUUCCUCUCUCCCUGGUCAUGCAUGUUGGCCACACAGUUGAUUCCUGGUUAGGUACUUGGUUGUUUGUGAUUCUGUCUCCUCCUGCCUUGCUUUUAUAGAUUUGGACACACACACACACAGAUUUUGUGUUUACCUUUGUAAUUUUAACUUGCAUGCAAUAUAAUAUAGACCAGAGUUAGUGUCUCUACUUUGUCCUGAACAGUGUAAAGAGUUUGUUUCAAGUUUAGAUACUUUUCUUUCAGCUUGUUUGCUGUUAUUUUUUAAGCUUUCCAAAUAAAUACAAAUAAAAUCAAAGAUUCAAAAGCAAAUACUGCAGGAAAAAGGAAAAUUGCCCUAGAAGAAAGAUCUGGAACACAAAUAGAAUGAAAAACAAUAAAAGCUGCAAGUGAGUGACUCUGACCGAACAUUUGUGUAAACCCAAAGUACUACUCUCUAAUUAGGGAAAAAUAAAAAGGACUUUUUUUUUCCUGCUCUGCCCUUUUUAAAGUGCAAAAGGAUAAACUUUCAUUCAAGAUCAGAAAAAUUUAAAUAGAGGGGCCGGUGCUGUGAUGUAGUGGGAAAAACCACUGCCUGCAGUGCCGGCAUCCCAUAGGGACACCAGUUAUGAGUUCGAGACCUGGCUGCUCCACUUCUG